AUGGUCCAUAAGAAAUUUGGGACCAAGGCAAACAAAAAUCAGAAGAACGUCGAGGAAAAGCAAAGUUGGUACGAUAGAGCACCGCCGAAAAAUGUGAGAAUUUGAAUUUCCACGUGGCGAAAUUUGAAUCAGCUAAAAUUACAGAAUUUCAGCUGAAAAGUGCUGGAAUUUCCAAAAACCCCAAAAAGUCACGAAAUUUCACGAAAAAAAUUUAUUCACAAGAAAAUUAUUCACAAGAUUUGGCGCAAUAUGCUUCUUCUUCUUCUUCAUUUCAUUUCUUCACCGCCUAAAAAUAAAUCAAUAAAUAUACAUUUCGGAUAUAUAUAUAGCUGCUAAAGCCAAAGCGAAAGCCAAAACAAAGAAGUCGGAUAAUAAACUAACUGCCCCAAUAAAAUAUGUACACUUCUGGAAAAACACCUGAAAUUCUGCGAAAUUAUAUGAGAUUUUUGUGGCCAAAGCGCGGCUUUUAUAGCGAUUUUUUGAUGACGUGGCACACGUUUUCACGCGAGAAAAAUCGAUUUUUUUUUUGCAGCCCACCAAAACAAUUGCCGAAAUGGUUUCUCGAACAAACGGCAACAUUUUGACGCAUGAACAAGAAGCUGAAGUUCGCGAAAAAAUUCGAGAUGAGAUCUCGAAACGAAUGGGAGAAUUGUUGUUGAAGGUACGGUAUUUUCCCGCCCGCCCCCCCCCCGCGAAAAAAUGAUUUUUCAAAAACUUUUUUCUUGCAGGGCCACACAAUGUUGGAUCAAUAUUGUCAAAGUUGUAGUGGAAUCAUAAUGGAGUGUCGAAAUGGCGUGCAGCAAUGUGUGACUUGUCAACUUUAUGAUGAAUACAAGCGGAAAGAGCAAAAUGGAUCGAUGAGCAGAAUUCAGGAGAUUCCGUUGGGUAAGGCUGGAUUUUAUUAUCGAAUCGGUUCCACGCGCUCCACCGAAAUAAACACGCAACGCAGACCGCGUCGCGCCACAACACACACAAAUAAGGGAACGAUUCAAAUUCCCUCCCUUUUUUGUGUGUGUUGUGGCGCGACGCGGUCUGCGUUGCGUGUUUAUUUCGGUGGAGCGCGUUAAACCGACGCGAUUUUCGAUAAUAGAGGAGAAAAUUCGCUGUUUUCUGAAUCUUGAACUUCAAAAAUUGGCUUUAAAAUCUAGAGCACCCUAAAUUAAAAAAAAUAUUCCAAAUAGGUCAUGUUUGGUGUCAAAAUGCGUCAAAUUUUCGCGCCAAAACCUACAGUACCCCCAGAAAAAAAAUCCAAAUGUUUUUGCAGACGCUGAAGAUCUCGAAUCCGCUCCACAUUCCUCUUCACUCAUCCGAAAACCUCCAAAAUCUGAAGCCAAAGCCCAAGAUCAGGCCCCAGAAAAGCCUACAACUUCAAAGUUCGAAAAUGUUCCUCGAAACUACGCUUCCUACGUGGAUUAUGAUGAUUAUGUGGAGGAGAAGCCGAAAAAUGGCCCGAAAAAGCCCCUGAAAGCAGCGAAAUCCACAAUUUCGUCGAAAAUCGAAUGGGCCGCCGGAAAAUUGGAAAAUGAAACGAAUCCGGCGAAAAUUUUGGAAUUGCUCGAAAUUCUCAAAAUUUCGGCUGAAACUUUGAAAGCUUUUCAGAAUAUUGAUUGA